UGCUGUCAGCUGUUCCUGUUUUGUUUCUGUUUUCCCAUUUUUUCCUCCAGAGUCAGGAGAACCGAGCCCAGGAAAUAUCCGCAGCCGAACCCAGAUUCGGUUGAUUUCCUGCGGAGGAGGCCGGCAGCUGUGCCCGGAGCGCUCACACUCAUCGGCCAGGACUCACUUCUUCACAUUGGAGCCGUCUGCCGCCGACAUCGAGCCAAGAGGUGCAGCCGAUCCCGGGCCUCCAAUCCAGGGCGGAGGGAGGGAAGGAGGGCGCUGUGGAUCGGGAUGGAGAGCGGAGAGGGAGCCGGUGGGCCUGGCGGGCCGGACGGACCGGAGGGACCGGGGUCCCGGUUUGGCUGCGCCUCUUUCAACCAGGACUCCACGUCACUGGCUGUGGGAACAAAGACUGGCUACAAGCUGUUUUCUCUGACUAUGGUGGAAAAACUGGACUGCAUCAAUGAGAGUGCAGAGACUCCAGAUGUCUACAUCGUGGAGCGUCUGUUCUCCAGCAGUCUGGUAGUGGUUGUAAGCACCACCAUGCCGCAGCGCAUGAACAUCUACCACUUCAAGAAGGGGACAGAGAUCUGUAACUACAGCUACCCCAACAACAUUCUGGCUGUCAAGCUCAACAGACAGAGACUUGUGGUAUGCCUUGAAGAGUCUGUUUAUAUCCACAAUAUCAAAGAUAUGAAGCUGCUCAAGACUUUGCUCAACACUCCGUCCAACCCCUCAGGUCUCUGUGCUCUUUCUAUCAACCAUUCCAACUCCUACCUGGCAUAUCCCGGCAGUGCCACCAUAGGAGAGAUCAUAGUGUACGAUGCCAACAAUUUGAACACAGUGACCAUGAUACCGGCUCAUGACAGUCCUCUGGCAGCUCUCACCUUCAACGCCUCGGCCACCAAACUUGCCAGCGCCUCAGAGAGGGGCACCGUCAUCCGAGUGUUCUCUGUUCCUGAAGGCCUGCGUCUGUUUGAGUUCCGCCGUGGCAUGAAGAGGUACGUCAACAUAAGCUCUUUAUCCUUCAGCCCUGAUGGCCAGUUCCUCUGUGCAUCCAGCAACACAGAGACCGUGCAUAUCUUUAAACUAGAACAACUGGGACCAAGUGGAGGGGACGAGGCUAGCACCUGGACAGCCUACGUGGGGAAGGUGUUCUCAGCAGCCAGCAGCUACCUCCCUGCUCAGGUAUCCGGGAUGAUGAGACAGGACCGAGCCUUUGCCACCGUUCACCUUGUGACAUCGGGCCAGAUGAACGUCUGCACCCUCGCUACGAUCCAGAAGCUUCCGCGGCUCCUGGUGGCCACAGCUGACGGCCAGCUGUUCAUUUACAACGUGGAUCCACUGGAUGGAGGCGAAUGCAUGUUGGCCCACAAACACAGGCUUUUUGGUAUUGUUGAUGACCAAGGAGAAGGAACAGAGUCAGAGGUCACAGGGCCAGCACAGGCCUGUCCAUCAUACGCUGCGACUGCUGCCUUACCAGCCUCUGGUCCUGUCACUGCGACCCUCACUGGCUACUCUGAAGAUGGCGGUGCAAAGAAAGGCGAAGUUAUUCCAGAACAUGAGUUUGCUGCUGGACCAGUGUGUCUGGAUGAUGAGAACGAGUUUCCUCCUAUGAAAAAUAGCCCAAGCAGUACGGUCUUUUCAUAAAGCCAAAGGGAACAUCUGUGUUAAAGUGCCCUGAAUGACAAAAGAUUAAUUGGUGCCGAGACGGGACUGGAGGUGACCAGGCCAGGCGCUCGUGAACAGUAGAAGGACAGUUGGACAGACAGACAGG